AUGGCGUCUGUGUAUUGGAUCCGUGUCCAGGGAGGUCUGAAGCACAUGGAAAAUCUGCAAACUUCGGACUCUAGCUGCAAGGGUGCAGACUUUGCCCAGGAUAAAGCAGCAAAAAAGUGUGAAAUUGUGAUUGCGCGGUGUUAUGAAGUGUUCAGGUGCCCUGCCGAUCAGUCGUGUCGAUUGGGAGAGUGCCGUAUCAUGGAAGGCCUACCAUGCGUAGAAGAGUGCAGCGGCCCAUUCUUGUGCAUUGAUGGCCGCUGCAGAAGAAAUGAUUGCGAGCGUCGCGUCUGCCAGCUGGGCGAGUCGUGUGAGAACGGCCACUGCACCCGCGUGGUUGGUCGUUUCUGCACGUGGGCGCCGAGGGACUGUGGGGUGGCGUUCGCCUGCAACGACCAUUUCUGUGUCGACCAGCUCACACCGGCCACCACUGCGGGCCAACCUCAACACGACAACACACGUCCCAGCUAG